CAUUGAUUACAAUUUUCUGUAGUAAGCUUGGACCCACCACCAUCGUGCCCAUGUUUUUCACCAUGGGGUGACAUGCACAGCUGGUCCCCGCAUCAGCAUGGACUAGAAACAGUUCAUAAAAAUUAAAACGGACAUUCAGGCUAUUAGCCUAAAGAGGCAACAGAAUGUUAGACUUUGUGAACAGUUAACCAUUUCAUGAGAAGAAAAGAUGGUCCAUUCCAUUCACGUUACUACGGCUACGGUUACUCGUGAACUUCUACUUCUUAGUUUUUGCUGUUGCCAACAUAAUUAUAAUUUUAUUGUCAAACCUUCCAAGUUCCUUCGAAAUAUAAUGCUUGUGUAAGAACUUCCCUAUUAGGUUCAAAGUUGAGUUGAGCUUUGAGAGGAGAAUGGAUUUGCUCAAACGAAUUUGUUGCUGCUGUAGGCAUCAAAGCUUAUAUUUCGCCAAUGCCAAUGCUGCUGUGCUUCUCUUUCUUGCAGCUGUUGCGUACACAAUUGCGAUGGCAACAAACUGGUGGUUCACCAUGCCUCCUCAUAGCUUUUAUGGACUGUGGUCUGUGACAUUUUGCGACUUUCUCCAAUGUCAGCUUAUCCCAGCAUCUGGUGAUUCACCAAACUGGUAUCUGGCAGUUCAAGUGCUGAGUGUUCUUGGAUACAUAUUCUUGAUUCUUGCUGUCGUCGCCGUGAUAUUCCUCUUGGUCACCAACAGCCACCCAAGCAAGGUGCUUUGUGUGCAGUUGUCAAAGGCAUCUGGGCUUUGUGUUCUUUCAGCAACAUUCAUGUCAAUGGCCAUUAUUGUAUUCUACACAAACUUGCUCAUGGAAUCCAGUCCAAAAUACCGUCCAAACAUAUCCUACUCCUCUGGUGCUGUGUGCUUAGCAUGUGUCUUGGAACUGUGUGCUGCAGCACUCCUGAAUAAAAAAGUUUGAAUCGUGAUUGGUUUUUUUAUAGCAUCAGCCUUGUAUUAUAAUUUAUUGAAGUUCAGCUUGUAGUUGAAUUUAUAGGUCAUGUUUAGUAAUUGAACCUAGUGUUUACCUCUAGCACAUCCCAAAUUUUCUUGCUUCUUUUAUAUAGAAUAUUGUCAUGGUGCUGCCAUUAUGUCUUCAGAUUUAAGCUAUAAAUAAUGGAAUAUAUAACCAUUUUGUAAUUUGCCUCUUCAUGGUGCAUCGUUUAGAAUUUGAAUUGUUCAGAAGUUCUUGACCGUUAUUGUAAAUUAAGACAUUUCCAUUUUUAAAUGUAAUAAAGUAGGCUAUAUUAUAAACCCCAAAAAAUUAUCUC